AUGGCGUCGGUGCAAGCACCGCUUGCGGUGCCACACCCAGGCGCGCCAAUGCCUGCCGGCGCAACCAAGCAGCAAGCCGAAGAAGUCUUUAGAAAACUCAAGCAAAUGAAGGAGCAAGGUGUCCCUAAUACGGAUCCAGAAUACAUCAAAGCUUCCCAUUUCUUGAUGAGCUUUCAACAGCAGCAUAAUAUAAGGAGAAGCCAACAGCAGUUUAUGCAGCAGCAGCAGCAGCAGCAGCAACAUCAACAUCAUCAUCAUCAACAACAACAACAACAACAACAACAACAACAACAACAACAACAACACCACCACCAGCAACAUCAACAGCAACACCAGCAGCAACCAUUGCAAAAUGGCGUACAAUCAGGCACUCCCCAGCCCGCUCAGGUCAAUGCUGGCAAUAGCCAAGGAGCUAGCUCAACACCUGCACAAGUAUCUGGUAACGCUCCCAGCACAGCGGCAGCUACUGGAUCAGCGUCGCCCCAGUUCAGUCAGCAGCAACUGUCAUUGUUACGGCAACAGAUUCAUGCUUUUAAGCUGCUCGGGAAAAACGCCGGCAUCUCAGUCCAGCUGCAACAUGCCAUCUUCAAUCAGCGGCAACGCCGGCAAGCUGCUUCGGUUGACACCGCCCAGAGCUCUGGGAAGAUCAUUCAGCCUAGCCAGGAACCCGAAAAGGCUUCAGCAGCAGGCUCUGAAGUUCCGGUCUCAGAAGAUUCCCCAUCACUUCCCAAACCCCAUACCUUCAAGACUGUAAAAUCGCCAUAUGGCACUAGCAUGAUUCGACCGUCAAUCAAAUACUUUGACCAUGCGCAGCGCAAGAACCGGUGGUUCAUUCCCGGUGUCUUUCCAACCGGCAUUGACUUUGACCACCUUCGCUACGAGAGAGAAGUCGUCAUCUUCAACCGUAUGAGCCAGCGUUAUGCGGAGCUGAAAAACCUACCGGCCAACCUCGCUUACUGGGAUUCUUCCAAGGAGACUAUCGAAGCUGACGACAGCUUGAAGCGAAAGGCCCUUAUCGAGAUGAAAAGCUUGGGUCUCUACGCCAAGCAGCGGGCUUUGCGAGAGAAGAUUGGCCGUCAAAUGACACAUUACGACAACCUGGCAAUGACCACCAAUCGAACCCAUUACCGCCGAAUGAAGAAGCAAAACGUCCGCGAAGCCCGCAUCACGGAGAAGCUUGAGAAACAACAACGGGACGCUCGUGAGAACCGUGAAAAGAAGAAGCACGUUGACUUCUUGCGCGGCAUCUGCCACCAUCGCGCUGAAAUCCAAGACGUUGCCAACUCUCAGCGCACCAAAUCUCAUAAACUUAGCCGUCUCAUGUUCGCGCAACACUUCAAUAUUGAGAAAGAGGAGCAGAAGCGGAUCGAAAGAACAGCCAAACAGCGUCUGCAAGCUCUCAAAGCCAACGAUGAAGAGGCAUACCUCAAGCUCCUUGAUCAGGCCAAGGAUACCCGUAUUACGCACCUUCUUAAACAGACCGACGGCUUCUUGCAUCAGUUGGCGUCAUCGGUUAAGGCCCAGCAACGUCAUGCCGCAGAGGCCUAUGGUGAUGACACGGAGCAGUUCGUGGAAGAGGAAAGCGAAGACGAGGACGACGACGGGGGUAAGAAGAUUGACUACUACGCCGUUGCGCACAGAAUUCGAGAAGAGGUCACCGAGCAAGCUAGCAUUCUGGUCGGCGGUAAGCUCAAAGAGUAUCAGAUCAAGGGCCUCCAGUGGAUGAUUUCGCUGUACAACAAUAACCUCAAUGGCAUCCUUGCUGACGAAAUGGGGCUGGGGAAAACCAUUCAAACCAUCAGUCUCGUUACCUACCUCAUUGAGCGCAAACAGCAGAGCGGCCCGUACCUCGUCAUUGUUCCUCUUUCCACCCUUACCAACUGGAACCUGGAGUUUGAGAAGUGGGCGCCGUCGAUCAGCCGCAUUGUGUACAAAGGUCCUCCCAAUGCUCGCAAGCUGCAGCAAGAGAAGAUCCGACAGGGCCGGUUUCAGGUGCUUCUGACUACGUACGAGUAUAUCAUCAAGGACCGACCCAUUUUGAGCAAGAUCAAGUGGUUCCACAUGAUUAUCGACGAGGGACACCGUAUGAAGAACGCCAACUCCAAGCUUAGCGCAACCAUCUCGCAAUACUACACAACUCGUUUCCGUCUCAUCUUGACCGGUACUCCUCUCCAGAACAACCUUGCCGAACUGUGGGCCAUGCUCAACUUCGUCUUGCCCAACAUAUUCAAGUCGGUCAAGACGUUUGAUGAAUGGUUCAACACGCCCUUUGCCAACACUGGUGGACAAGACAAGAUGGAGCUCACGGAAGAAGAACAGAUCUUGGUCAUUCGCCGUCUGCACAAAGUCUUGCGUCCGUUCUUGCUCAGGCGUUUGAAGAAGGACGUGGAGAAGGAUUUGCCCGACAAGACAGAAAAGGUCGUCAAGUGCAAAUUCUCAGCCUUGCAAGCCAAACUGUACAAGCAGAUGGUCACGCACAACAAACUCGUCGUUAGCGACGGCAAGGGUGGCAAAUCCAAUGCCCGCGGUCUGAGCAACAUGAUCAUGCAGCUUCGCAAGCUGUGCAAUCAUCCUUUUGUCUUUGACGAGGUGGAAAACGUCAUGAACCCGAUGAGCAUCAGCAAUGACUUGCUGUGGAGAACGGCCGGAAAGUUUGAACUGUUGGACCGGAUAUUGCCCAAGUACCAGGCUACCGGACAUCGCGUCCUAAUGUUUUUCCAGAUGACGGCCAUCAUGGACAUCAUGGAAGAUUACUUGCGUUACAGAAAGUUUGAAUACCUGCGUCUGGAUGGUACGACCAAAUCAGACGAGCGUUCAGACCUGUUGAAGGAAUUCAAUCAUCCCGACUCCAAGUAUUUCAUGUUCCUGCUUUCGACUCGUGCCGGUGGUCUCGGUCUCAACUUGCAGACAGCCGACACCGUCAUCAUCUACGACUCAGACUGGAACCCGCACCAGGAUCUCCAGGCCCAGGAUCGUGCCCACCGCAUCGGUCAAAAGAACGAAGUGCGAAUUCUGCGAUUGAUAAGUUCCAACUCGGUUGAAGAGAAGAUAUUGGAACGUGCCAGAUUCAAGCUUGACAUGGAUGGCAAGGUUAUUCAAGCUGGUCGGUUCGAUAACAAGUCAUCGGAAACUGACCGCGACGCCAUGCUUCGAACCUUGCUCGAGAGCGCAGACAUGGCCGAAAGUGGCGAGCAGGAUGACAUGGAGGACGAAGAGCUGAACAUGAUGCUUGCCCGAAGCGACGAGGAGAUUGCUGUCUUUCAGAAGAUUGACGAGGAAAGGGCUCUGGAUCCCAUAUACGGCAGCGCCGCCGCCGGCACAAAGGCCAAGCCUAGACUCAUGGGAGAAGACGAACUGCCUACUAUUUAUCUCAACGAGGGCAGUGUCCUGGAAGAGGAAACCGAGGAUGUUAUCCUCGGCCGCGGCGCUCGGGAACGCACCAAGGUUCGCUACGACGACGGCUUGACCGAGGAGCAGUGGCUUUUGGCGGUGGAUGACGACGAGGAUACUCCAGAGGCUGCUGCUUCUCGUAAGCAAGCUCGCAAGGAUAAACGAGAGAUGAACAGGUUGAAGAAGAUGGCGGUGAUGAACUCGAUUGGCAACUCACCAUCAGCGAGUCGUGCCAGCACUGAGGAGAUUGAGACACCAAAGAAGCGCGGUCGCAAACCCGGCAGCAAGAAUGAGAAGCGAAAGGCCGAGGACGGCGACGAUGAACCUCCAACCAAGAAGCGACGGGGUCCUCAAGGGAGACCCAGCAAGGGCGGUGGAGCCAAUGCUUCGGAUUCUCGAGUCAGUCCCCAGCAACGUGAGGUUCUACAAAAGAGCCUUCGAGCGCUGUACGACGGUCUGAUGAACCUGGAAGUGGAUGACAUGGAACCCGCAGCCGAAGACGACGAGUCGGAUGCUGGCAAGCGUCUCAUCAUUGGUCCAUUCAUCAAGCUUCCUCCAAAGAGAGAAUAUGCGGACUACUACGUCAUCAUUCAGAAUCCCAUCUGCAUGAAUCAGAUACAGACUCGUAUCAAAAAGGAGGAAUACUCGAGCCUCGACGGCAUGCGAAAGGAUUUCGAUCUGAUGAUUCGCAAUUGCCAAACUUACAACGAGGAUGGCAGCAUUCUUUACCAAGAUGCCAAGACCAUGGACGAAUUCUUUACCAAAAAGCUGCAAGAGGAGUUGGAAGCGCAUCCAGAGCUGCAGCAAAUGGAAGGAGGCAGCAAGGCAGGAUCUGCAGCACCAUCUGGAAACGGGGUGAACACGCCUCAAGCCGGCGGGACACGCAUCAAAAUAAUAUCCAGCAGUGCGCGUAACAGUGAGGUAGCUAACGGAACCAAAUCUGCGGCGCAGAGCGAUGGAGAGUGA